AUGCCACCCAUUCUUCUCGGCAUUAUCGGAGGAAGCGGAUUUUAUGAUCUUCCAGGAUUUGAAGUGAUUAACACAGUUAAUCCCGUUACACCUUGGGGAUUUGCUGCUUCUCCCAUUUCCAUCGCUCGUACCGCUUCUGGAUUUUUAAUCGCAUUUUUAGCUAGACAUGGUGUUGGCCAUACAUACAUUCCUACAGAUGUUCCUGCUCGUGCAAACAUUGCCGCUUUGAAGAGUAUCGGGGUUCACGCCAUCAUCUCUUUCAGCGCUGUAGGUUCUCUUCGUGAAGAAAUUCCUCCCGAAGACUUUGUUCUCCCUAGUCAAAUCAUUGACCGAACACUUUGUGCUCGUCCAAAUACAUUUUUUGAAUCUGGAUGCGUCGCUCACGUUAGUUUCGGUGAUCCAUUUGAUCAGGACCUAUAUGGAGUUCUUAGCCAGUGCGGUUCAUCUCUUCAAAACGGUGCCAAGCUUCACUCUAAAACCAAGAGUGAUGACUUGACCGUAGUGUGCAUGGAGGGCCCCGCAUUCAGCACUCGUGCCGAAAGCAACCUGUACAGAAGCUGGGGCGGUAGUGUCAUUAACAUGUCUGUCAUUCCUGAAGCCAAACUAGCUCGUGAAGCCGAAAUCUCCUAUCAAAUAGUGUGCAUGGCUACUGAUUAUGACUGCUGGCGUGUUAAUGAAGAACCAGUCAAUGUCGAAACAGUUAUGAAGCAUCUUGCCAACAACCGUGACAACGCCAAGCUUUUCUUGAUGGAAGCAAUUGAAAAACUCGAAGGCCCUCUCUUGGCUGGCCAUAUUGGCAAAAACCUUCGUGAAACCGUUCAGACUGGCAUUCAAACAAAUCUGAAACAUCGCGAUUUGAAUGUUCUUCGUAAAUUGCAAUUCCUUUUCCCAUCAUUGAAGGCAUUGCACUAA